GCCAAUGGGAGCGUGCCGUGGGCGGGCGCGUGCGGGCGGCCGGGCCGGGAGCAAGCGGGGCCGGUCAGCCCUGCCUGCUUUAUAUAAUAUUUUUCAUCGCUUGGAUGCUUCAUUUUGAGCCACUAACCCGAGCAGGAGCUGAGCUGAUCCCUUGGUGCUGCAGUUUUGGGGCUGGGGACACGGCCCAGGUGUGCAGGAGGAGCAGGCAGCCUCUCUCCCUGAGGCCCAUCCAGGCUGAUGCCCCCGCUCUGAGCACAUCCAGAGGGUCCCCACGGGGGCUGCAUCCCGGGCAGGAUGAGGAUCGUGGUGGCCAAGGUGCUGUGCCUGCUGGGCAUCUGUGUGCUGGUGCUGGCCGGGGCCCUGCUGCCCGUCAGGCUCAUGGAGGCCGACCACGAGAAGGCUCAGCGCUCCCGCCGCCUCCUGGCGCUCUGGAACGCCUUCGGGGGCGGCGUCUUCCUGGCCACGUGCUUCAACGCCCUCCUCCCCGCCGUCAGAGGGAAGCUCGAUGAGGUGCUCAGGCAGAACAACGUGACCACGGACUACCCGGUAGCCGAGACCAUCAUGAUGGUCGGCUUCUUCCUGUCGGUCUUCGUGGACCAGCUCUUCCUGACCUUCCAGAAGGAGAAGCCCUCCUUCAUCGACCUGGAGACCUUCAACGCGGGCUCGGACGCGGGCAGCGACUCGGAGUACGAGAGCCCCUUCAUGGCGUCGCCGCGCGGGCGCGCGCUCUACGGGGAGCACGGCCUGCACUCGCACGGCCUGCACCUCCCCGAGCUGGCCCGCUGCGGCCCCCGCCGCCUGCUGGGGCUGGUCUUCGCCCUCUGCACCCACUCCAUCUUCGAGGGCCUGGCCCUGGGCCUGCAGGAGGAUGGAGGCAGAGUGGUCAGCUUGUUCCUGGGAGUGGCCGUGCACGAGACGCUGGUGGCCGUGGCCUUGGGCAUCAGCAUGGCCAAGGCCUCGCUGCCGCUGAGGGAGGCGGCCAAGCUGGCGGUGGCCGUGUGCCUGAUGAUCCCGCUGGGAAUCGGAGUGGGGAUGGGCAUCGAGAGCAGCCGCAACGCCGCGGGCAGCAUCGCCUCCCUGCUGCUGCAGGGCAUCGCCGGCGGCACCUUCCUCUUCGUCACCUUCUUCGAGAUCCUGGCCAAGGAGCUGGAGGAUAAAAGCCACCGGCUGCUCAAGGUGCUGUGCUUGGUGCUGGGCUAUGCCGCGCUGGCCGGGCUGGUGCUCGUCCCGUGGUGAGCCGGGAGCCUCAGGAAGCCAAGGGAGCAAAACCUCACCUCUCCCCUCCCACGGCGCCGGGAGGAGCCGCCCCUUUCACCGCUGGAACGGCCCAACCCGGGCGGAGUUUCCAUGAUGACCUGGAGGAGGAGAAUCUCUUCCCGUGUGCUCAGAGUGAGGAAUAUCCCGAGGGAUUGUCCCUGCCCCCGGGGCUGCAGGGAUUAGCGGACACAAACGUUCAGGAUCUGGGUAAAUUCUGCUUCCAGGAGCUCCUCGAAUGUGUGUGUGUCUCCCUCCUUCCCUUCGGCCAAGCUCCGGAGGCUCCGAGGAGGUGAGGAACAAACAGGAGUGGAGGCAGAGCAGGUGGGAGCAGGGAUUGCCAGGCUGCACUAAGCUGCUUUCGCUGGCUUAGUUGGGAGUAAAACCUGGUUGUAAGAGCUGCCAAAAAUAACAUCCCUGUGGGGCUCUGGCCUUCCAGGCCCUGCUGCCUCCACACAGCUUCCAGUGCCCUGCCUGGGGCUUGGGGAGCUCAGCUUUUCCAGGGAUUCAUGAGAGAAAUGAGGCCAGGCCCCUCUACCCUCCUUCCUUCUCGGCAUUGUACCCAUAGGCUGAGCAUUCCCUAAGGAAAACCUCUGAAAAUCAGAGAUGAAUCCCAGGAUGGUUUGAGUUGGGGAGGACCUUAAAGCCUGUCCAGUGCCACGGGCAGGGACACCUUGCACUGUCCCAGCGUGCUCCAAGCCCCAUCCAGCCUGACCUUGGACACUUCCAGGGAUGCAGCAGAUCCUCGCGUUAUCCAGAGCCCGGGAUCCGUGAGCUUGCAGGAAACGGGCAGUAACAAUUUCCAGCACUGAUAUUUUGGGGCAAACUCUUGUGUUUUCAGUGCUCUGCAGUCAGAGGGGUUGAGCAGUUCCCAUCAGGGGCUGCUCCAAAGCUCUUCCAGGUUUCCAAAGGAAUGGAAUCACCUCCCUGGGGGGAGGAGUGGAGGCGAUGCUCCCAGCAGCCGCGGAGCCCCUGGGAAGCUCCGUGCGCCGCUGAUCCCGCUGGAUUUGCCUGUGGGAGCGAGGAGCUGGGAUCAGAGGCUGGAGCUGGGAAUGUGCUCCCCCCCAGCUGUGAAACACAGCCUGGCUCAGGCAGGGGCUGCAUUUUAAUUACCCGGAGCCUUUGCUCCUGCAGCAGCUUCGCCGGGCCCCUGGAAGCGCUGAUGGAAUUAUAAGGAUGGCGCAGUGCCGGCAGCGGGAAGGAGGCGCGGAGCCUCCGCGGUGGCCCAGCUGCAGCAUAUGGAGGCAGCUGAGCAUCAUCUGACAGAUCCUGGGGCUCGUUAGUUUAAUUGCUGCAACAUCCCCGAGUCAAUUAAUCUUCCUUUGAAAACCUGGAGUGGAGGGGGGGGGGCGGAGGGAGGUUAUUUUGGGCCUGGCAUGACACAAAGCAGCAGGAUGAGGAGAACGUGAUUUGCCUCGGUGUGGUGAAGCCUCGGGGCUGUUUCACCUCUCCUGGGGAGUGACCUCUCUCCUGGGGGGGAUGAGGGGGAAGAGGUGACACGGUGCUGAGUGUCCCCUGUUGGGCUGUCACCUCCGUUUCACACCCUCCUCCUCCUGCUGCAGUUUGCGAUCGGGGGCGGGGGCUGUGAAGUGCCAAGGGCUGCUGAGCUCCCCCAUCCUCAUCCCGCUGCCCUGGGGGGGUUCAUCCACAGGAUCAUCCCGUGCUCCAGGGUGGAGGAGGAGGAGGAGGCCCUGCUGCUCCCAAUAAAUUCCCUGCCCUUCUCC